AUGAUCCAAACAUUUGGCGUGUUAGCAGAAAAAUAUGGAGAAAUAUACACUGUAAAAAUGGGGUCGAAAAAAACUGUUAUUUUAACCUCAAAAGAAGCCAUCCAAACGGUUCUCUCCAAUGACGCUUCAAACGGUCGUGACAGAUCGGGAACAUUUGCGGAUCGAUGUUGGAAUAAAAAUUUAGGAAUUGUCACCUCCGAAGGAGAACUUUGGGAAAAAUCAAAAAUUUGGACGUUUAAAACUUUAAAGGAACUUGGAUUUGGAAAAUCGUUUGACAUAGAAAAUUUUAUCCGUACUGCAUCGGAAUCCUUAUUUUCUGAAAUUGACAACAAAAUGGAGACCUGUGGUAGCAUCGGGGUCGGUUUGCUAUUUAACAAGUCGAUCCUGGCCAUCAUGUGGCAAAUGAUAGUUGGUCGCCUUUCACGAGAGGAUGAACCCCUUAUCGACACCUUGUCUGAAAAGGGGAACAAAUUUGCACAAAGUAGCCUUUUUGGUGCGGGGAUCGUUAAUGUCUUCCCGUUUUUGAGAUUCGUCUUCCCAAAUUUGCUAGGAUAUAAUAUGCAAAUGGAUUUCUUCAAUACGUGUAAUAAAGUUGCGAAGAAUAGCCAUCCCAACUUAAAAAAAUCUGUUCUGUCCUACGAACAGUACGAACAGAAACAAAUACAAAAUUCUGAAGUCUUUUACCAGAAACCGUAA